AUGGUGAACGCCACUUGCCCUUCUGUGCACCCAGUAGAAGCGCCACCGCCGCAGACCCAUGGAGAGCCCCAAAACCCGAUGCCUCAGGGAAGAAUGAACGACAUACCGGGCAUGCCGGGGACACGUGGAGGCCUGACCUUGCGCCUCAGCCAGUUCGUCUUCGCACUCGUCGCCGGCUGCGUCAUGACUUCCACCCAUGCAACCUCCACAUACACCAUCUUGCGCUACUUUGUUAAUGCUGUCAGCUGGCAAUGCUUAUGGAGCCUUUCUCUUGCCUUCGUUGAUUUAUAUGCCAUUUUAGUGAAGCGCAGAUUGCGAAAUCCCAAAGUUGUCAGCAUGUUUGCCGUUGGUGAUGGGAUCAGUUCCACAAUCACAUUUGCCGCAGCUUCUGCAUCUGCUGGUAUCUCAGUCCUCGACAGCAAUGAUUUUCACUCUUGUAUACGUGAUCGUUGCACAAGGUAUCAGGCAUCUACAGCUAUGGCCUUUCUGAGUUGGUUUGCUGUUUCAUCAUCAUUUGUUCUGAAUUUCUGGACGUUGGCAUCCAAGUCAAGUCAUUGA